AUGACAGGGCUUGGGAUCCUCACACUGAUGCUGCCUGUCCUGUUGGGCUGGGCCAGCUGCCACCCUGUCCCUGGGAGGAAGAACUUCAAUAAGUUGCUGCUGAUCUCCUUCGAUGGCUUCCGCUGGAACUACGACCAGGAUGUGAACACCCCCAACAUGGACCGCCUGGCCCAGGAGGGCGUGAAGGCCAAGUACCUCACACCACCCUUCGUGACAAUGACUUCCCCAUCUCACUUCACCACCAUCUCAGGUCGCUGGAUUGAAGAUCACGGAGUCAUUCACAACAUGAUGUUUAACACGGAGACACGCUGGAAGUUCUCCUUCAAGGCCACACAGAAUAAGACUGAAUGGUGGGACAAUGGUGUUCUCCCCCUCUGGAUCACAGCCCAGAGACAGGGGAGGAAGACAGCAUCAUUCCACUAUCCUGGGGGAGGUGCAAAGUACAAAGGGGAGGCUGUUCAGCGGUCCCUGGUGGAGUCUUACAAUCACCCAGACAGCAAUGAGACAGAGUGGAGGGAGAACAUCGAUAUUGUCAUGAACUGGUUCACUAAGGAAGACUUUGACUUUGUGACUCUGUACUAUGGAGAGCCAGAUAACGUGGGACACAAAUUUGGGCCUGAGACAAAGAACAGAAGGGUGAUGAUUCAGCAAAUUGACAGAACCAUUGGGUACCUAGUGGAAGCCAUUGAGAGGCACAGCUUGACCAAGCACCUCAAUGUCAUCAUCACAUCAGACCAUGGCAUGACCACAGUAAAAAAGAGCCCCAUUGUCACUGAGAUCCUCUUGUCAAACUACAUUAAUUUCACAGCCUUGGUCAAGUUUGAUAUCGUGGACUACGGUGGCUUUGGGAUGAUCCUGCCCAAACCAGGGCAAGAGGAAGAUGUUUACCAAGGACUGAAGAAUGCACACCCUUACCUCAAUGUGUACAAGAAGGAGGAAUUCCCAGAACGCUUCCAUUUUGCUAAACAUGAGCGGGUCCUGCCAAUUGUGAUGUACGCUCACUCUGGUUAUAACAUCAAUGGGCAAUAUAUACUAUAUUUCAACAAAGGAGAUCAUGGCUUUGAUAAUGCCCUUAUGGACAUGAAGACCAUAUUCAGAGCUUUUGGGCCAGAUUUCAAGAAUCACCUAGCUGAGCCUUUUGACAGCAUCCAUAUCUACCCACUCAUGUGUAAGCUCCUGGGGGUUACCCCUGAACCCCAUAAUGGCUCCCUGGCAGUCACGGAGGAAAUGCUUGUGGACUCAUACAAUGAGCAGCAGCCAGCGCAACAGGGAGGGCGCUAUGCGUCCGCCAAAAAGAGCCUCGUGAAGGCGCGGGAACAGCGAGAAUGA